AACUCCCAUGGCAGGCGCCAUCCUGCGGAAUAGUGCACUUGGUAGCUGGUCUAGCUCAGUAACAUGUUGCUUGACCAUUAUCCCAGCAGGAGGGUCCAUCUUCCCGAAGACACUGGCUCAAGAGGAUCCAACCAGCGCUGAUUUUCGAUCUUGCCAAAGGCAUGGCUUCUGCGAUCGGUGUUAUGGCCCGCAUGCUGUUUGCAGCUGCUUUUGUGGCCGCUUCCCCUGAUCCGUUGGCGCAAUGGCUGGAUAGCCUUAAGUUCUCUUUGGAAGAUGUCACGCAGGAGAAAGCUGGCAUCACAUUCAAGGUCUCGAAGCUGGUGUGUCAGAACCUGAAACUCACCGACAUCCAGUCAGCAGUUCAGGACGUCGGCUUAUCCAUCACGCUGCAGGGCGUGGGGAUCAGCUGCACUGGACACUUUGACUAUCACGGCUUGGCCAUCGUCAGUGGCUCUGGGGACCUUAGUGCUGUGGUGAAGGGCAGCCCAACUUCCACUGCUACCGUGGCAUUGAAAGGUAUGAACUUCAACAAGAACCUCCCUUGGUCUGUCGAGGCAGCCGCCUGCGAUGCCAACCUGGAUAUCGAUCUCAAGCUCCAAGGUUCCAUCGUCUAUGAUGUGAUCAACCUCUUCUCUAAGCCCAUCUCAGCUUUGAUUAAGCACCAGGCCAUCAGCCAGGCGUGUGGGCAGCUCAAGCAGAUGGCCGCCAAUGAGCUUUCCAAGAAGCUCUCAGACUUCAAUCGCCUCAUGCUGCCACCCUCUGAGCUGUUCGUGAACUCAGUGGCCACGAGCUUUGAGGAUGGGGACAGCUGGUUCCACACCAAAGUCCACAGCUUUGAUGAUCUCAUUGAUGCCAAGCACGACGUCGCAGAUCUGAAGCACGACGCGCCCGCGGGACAUUUGAGAGUUGCUGAGUACCGACGACUUCAGGCUGAAGAGAAGAGCGGCACUGUGGAUUGGAGCCAUGAUGCAUCCUUGAAGUGGAUCUCCUGGCUGGUGGACGAUGUCAUCGGUCCCGACCGCUUGGAUCAGGCGAUCCGUUGGGCAGUGAAGGGCAAUGAGACGAUCGUAAUCCCUGGACCAGAGACGCCCCUGAUGACAACCACCGUGAAGCAGCCUGACGCAGGCCUUGAGUUGAAGGUGACUGCCUUCUUGAAGUCUGCCAGCAUCGAAGGAGCUGAUGGCAUGUCUGCCUUCUCUCCUGUGGAAGCUGUGGGCUCCAACGACCUGCGUUUCAAGGUGAGUUGGGGCACUGCAGAGCGUCCCGCCUUCGGCUUCGGCGUGGAUGUGAAGCUCGAGGUUGAGGCUGUGGAUUUGUCCAGCGGCAAGUCGCAAGCAUCGAUGGAGCAGGAGAUGAGCCUGCACCUUGCGGUUCUCAAGCCUUCGCUGGAAGUGCUGGGAGAAGUUCAGGUUUUGGCCAGCGAGUGGCCCGGAACUCGGAGCCUUGCACAGCUCUUGGUGGCUCCCAAAGAGUGCCUGACAAGUGUGCUCAAGCAAACACCGGCCGUCAAAUCCUUGCAGAUGAAGUUCGAAAACUUGGCGGCUCCGCUGAGCUUCAUCACUCACACUCAGGGCGCGUUGGAGAAUGCCGUCGCAAACUUGUUGAACAAUGGCGUCGGGCUCUUCAACCAGGUCUACCAGCCACUCUUGCCUGGUGCGAUCCAACGGUUUGCCGCUUGCGACAAGACGGUGCAGUCUCUCAACAAGGCACUCCAGCAACAGAUGAAACCAGGCCGAUGUAUCGAUCCUGCGCUGGCAUCGCAGCAGGUGCGAAAUGUGUUCCCCGAGCACUACAGCAAUUGGCCGCCGAUCUUCGACAAUUUCAUGCGACAGUGGAUCGACAACUUUUUCGAUGGCUUCAUCGCUCACAAUACCUCCGUGCUUGAGGAUGGUCUUGGCAACAUGCCACAAUUGGAUGUGCCCUUGAAAGGCAAAGUGACGCUGCGUCAGCUCAUCGCGACGGGAUUGAACCAGGUCAGCGAACUUCGAGUGCUGCUGCCCUCCAGUGAGCAUCCCAGCUGGCUAGGGAACAAGGCGGUGGCCAAAUGUCCCACCGAGCAGGCACCAUACCACCCGACCUUUGCCGUGAAUGGCUCCCUCUUCGCCGGAGUCUUCGGUGGAGACGGCCUGGUGAGUUUGGAGAUGCCCUGUGGCACCAUGGAAGCGGAGCUGGACGUGGUCGUGGACUUUUGGCAACUCAUGGAUACGCAAAUCCCACCGAGUCUCACAUGCGCGUUGCUGUCACCCUUCUCCAAGAUGGACAUCAUGAAAGUCAAUGCCACCUGGGGCGGCAAUGGCCGUGUCCUGGUGCAGCCAAAGGACGGACCUGCACAGUACCCUGUGGAGCAGAUGUGCACCAUGCACCCAGAUGCGUGCAAGUACGGAGAUCAGAUGAGGGAAUGGGCCUCCACCACAGAAGGGGCCACCCGUUUGUAUCACAUGGCCCGUGACACUGUGAAGAAGCAAUGCACCAGCCCACAGCUUGCAGAGAAGGCCGAGGAGGACUCUGCUUUCUUCAAGGACCAGUUGGGCUACACCUACGUGACACCAGACAACCUCAUGCUCUGGUUGGGCAGUGCUUUGGUGAUCCUGGCCCUUGCAGCGACCUAUACCUUUGCUGCCACUUUGGGUCGGCUUAUGAGCACCGACACCUGUGAAUCGGCGGAUUUGAUGCCCAACACACCGUUGGCAACGAUUAGCUGGCAGGGAAAGAAUGCAUCGUAUUCGGUGGCGGCGUCUCCCAAACUCUGCACCAUCGCGACCAGCACAUUGAUGGCUGCUGGCCUGGUGGCUCGGGUUUUGGCAUGCUUUUGGUUGCCCUUUGCCGCCACUGGCGUCACCAUCGAGCAGAAGACAGGUGGCACCAUAUUCAAAAACGACACCCUCUUGCAGUAUACCUUCUUUGGCAUUGGGCAACAGUUCCUGCUGGGCGGAUCGCUCUACUGCCAGAUCUUGUGGUUCUUCAUGUCAAUGGUCGCGGCCUUCACUUGCCAUGCCAUCAUGCUGCUGGUUUGGCUCACCCCCUUCCUGGCCCCCUACCGCCGGAAGCUCCUCAUGGUUGCCUUGGUCUUGGGCCGCUUUGCUCUCUCGGAGGCGGAGACGACCGGCAACACUGCCAUGGUCCUGAGCAAUGAUGUAGCGUUGCCUUUGGGCAUGGUCCAGAAGUUGUACUUGGGCCUGGAGGCGGGUGCCUACACCUCCUGGGCCGCAACUGUUUUCACUGUCUUGGCCAACUUGCUGUUGCUGAAGAUCGAUGCGGGCCAUCAGCUGCUCCGAGGUGGAGGGAGGCCAGAUGCACCAUGCUCACCUAAAGAAUGGGCCGAAGGCAAAGCACCUCGCUAUGUGACGGCCGUGCAGGCGGUCAGCUGCGUGGCGAUGGUGGCUGGCAUUUGCGUUUGGUACUUUUGUGAUUUCAUGCACGCUGAAACUGGUGGCCUUGCGGGCGCGCUCAUCCCCCCAGCCAACUACAGCGGCAGCGGAUUGGGGAAGACGGACUUGAGCUUGCGCAUCCUCGUCAUCGUCACUGCUGGUCUUUGCCCAUUGAUGCACAUCUUGGCCUUCGCAGUGGGAUGCUCUGGAAAGUCUCCUACAGUGGCACAGGGUUUGGCUACGAUGGCCGCGUCCUUCUGCCUCUUGGACCUCUUUGCCAUUGGCUUCCUUGCAACCUUCCUUGAAGGAGUCAAUGGUUUUGCAAGCUCUGCCGUGCACGACUUUGCAAAGCCCAUGUGUGAGCUCGUCCAGGAAGCCUUGAAUCAGGACUGUUUGACCAUGACUGCCUCUGUCGUUCCAUUGGGCACCAUAGGCCUCCUAUUGGCCACUAGUGCUUGGAGUGCCCUGGUGGCGGUGCAGGUGAUGGGCUUUGGUCAGAAGCGCCGCGCAGGGGAAGUGGCGCCAGUGCAAGCCGAGCUUCGUGCCCAGCAGCCUCCAUCGUUCCAGGAAUGCCAGGACCAGUCGUGAUUGGUCGCACCGACGCCUAAUCUGGCCAAAGAUGGGUUGAAGCGUGUGCUUCCACUGCUUUAGCAGACAAGACGGAUAUAGGAUGAGCGCUUUUGAAAGCUCAACUUCUUGGCUCGAGCCUCAAGCCAGCAGUUCCUCUUUAACUCGACUAAUCGUUGAGAACCUGAGCAAAUAAGCUUUUACUGAUCGACUUUGCCAAUGUGACUGGUUUGUCCUUGUGAACUUGGAUUGUUAUAGUUUCAACAUGUUUCAACUGCAUUCCAACACCCACGUAGGCAGUGCGGUGCUUUCACAAUUUUUGGCUGAGUGCCGUAUGCAACAGAGUGACCAGACCAGAAUUGAUCCCCUUCAACAUCCUCCA